ACAAGAUCAAAUAGCGAACAAACCCCCUCAAGCACAGUGAGAAUCGCUCGUUCUCGACCUACUUUUGGUUCUUCCAAUGGAUUCUCCUCCACAACCCAAGAGGACCUAUCACGUCUUCUUGAGCUUCAGAGGCCCCGACGUCCGCGACAACAUCCUCAGCCAUCUCUACAAAGCUCUGGACCGGAGAGGAAUAUACACCUACAUCGACAGCGAGGAACUCAGGAAAGGAGAGCGCAUAUCGGAUGCGCUCACAAAGGCGAUUGAGGAAUCGCGCAUUGCGCUCAUCCUUUUCUCCGAGAACUAUGCCUCCUCGGCGUGGUGUCUGGAUGAGGUCGUCAAGAUGAUGGAGUGCAAGGAGACAGACGACCUCAUCGUUCUGCCAGUGUUCUUCAAAGUGGAACCCAAAGAAGUUAGAGAAGGAAGAAAGAGUUAUAAAAAAGCUUUCGAUAGUCACGAAAAGAAGUACAGCAAGGAGGAUGUGAAGAAAUGGAAGAAAGCUCUUGAGGACGCUGGGAAUUUGUCAGGGUGGGAGUUCAAUGAUGGGGUCAUCACGCAGUUCACGACCGGGACCCCCAUCCAAUUGGGAAGCAGGGCGUUCAAAGAUGAAGCGGAGCUCGUGGAAAGCAUUGUAAAGGAGAUCUCGAUACAGCUAAACCGGAGACCUUUGCAUGUUGCCAAGUAUCCUGUCGGCAUAGAUUCCCGAGUGCGUGAGCUGAAAUCAAAGUGGAAUAUGAAGUCUAGGGACGAAACUCUCACGAUCGGAUUAUGGGCGAUGGGAGGUAUGGGUAAAACAACAUUAGCCAAAGCUCUCUACAAUUCUACUUUUAGAGAUUUCGAAGGUUCCGUUUUUCUCGAUGGCAUCAAAGGAACUUCGAGAGAAUCCCCAAACAUGGCUCGUUUGCAAGAAAAAUUGUUAUCCCAAAUUCUAAUGACGAAAGAAAUACCGGUUCCCAGUGUUCACGAAGGAAUUAAUUCAAUAAAGGAGAAACUUUGUCGCAAAAGGGUUCUCCUUAUUCUUGAUGGUGUGGAUAACAUAUGCCAAACAGAUGCUUUGGCUGGAGCGCAUGAUUGGUUUGGUAAGGGAAGUACGAUCAUUAUUACAACAACGGACGAGGGUGUGCUCAAAAUUAAUGGAGCUUGUAUAUAUGAAGUUAAGGCUCUAGAGGAUGCCGAGGCUCGGGAACUUUUCAAGAAGUACGCUUCUGGAAACAGAAAAGUAGAAAUAAGAGAAGAUCUUUUAGAUAAAGCUCUGCAGUAUACUCAUCGCCUUCCUUUAGCUCUAGAGGUGUUGGGUUGUGCCUUCUGUGCUAGCAGCGAGCGUAAAUGGGAAGGUGAACUGAAUAAAUUCGUCAAAAGCCCUGACCAAACCAUCAAUGCUGUGCUUAAACUAAGCUAUGAUGGAUUGGAUGAAGACAGAAAGGAAAUUUUUCUCCACAUUGCUUGCUUCUUCAAUGGGUGGAGUAGAAAGUACGUCGAAGGUGUUCUUGACAGUUGUGAUCUCGACGCCGCUAGUGGAGUAGAUGACCUCAUUCGGAGGUCCUUGAUAAGGGAUGAGAAUGGUACCCUACAAAUGCAUGAUUUGAUUGAGUUAAUGGGUAAGAAGAUUGUUGACCAAAAACAACGGGAGAACCCCACGAAACGUAGCAGAUUAUGGCGCCAUCAAGAAGUUGUCGACGUACUAUCAAGUAACGAGGGGAGAGAUGCAGUAGAAGCCAUAGUAUUGGCCCUACCAGAGCCGGAAAAGAUAGAAAUCGAUUCUGAUACUUUUGCAAACUUGACAAUGUUGAAGUUUCUCAUAAUGAUCAAUGUUGAGACUAGUUUCCAAGGUCCUAUCCGUCUCCCUAAAGAGCUAAGAUGGUUUGAAUGGCCAGAGUGUCGUGCCUCCAGUCUAAAAUUUACCUCUACUCCAAAGAACCUGGCGGUACUUGCCGUGCGCAGAAGCCUUAUUAAAGAGCUGGGGAAACCAUGAUCUGAGGUGCGCAUGGUAUGGUUUUUGGCGGCAUUCCAAGGAACUUGGAUUAGAAAAAGU